CAAGUGACAACGACAGACCUAGACUAGGGCUCGACAUUUAUACGUCCCGCCUGCUGUCGCGCAUAGGCAUGUUACACUCACGUCGCGAAGCCCUACCUAGAUGGCAAACGUGCAAAGAGUAUACCGUCAAGUAGCUCAUUCCUGGUCUUCUUUUAUAUAGAAUCAAUGCAUCCACAAGGCUUCCGUUGGAGCAUUCGCGCCUCCCUAGGAAAACACUCUGCCUAGUGCGGUUGCAAGCUAUUCGUACCUGAGCGACGCAUCUCACGUUACUUGCGAAUCUCCCAGGCGUGUCAUGAAGAAACUGCUGGGAAGCAAUAUGAAGUUGAGAGGCUUAGUCUUCAAGGCCUCGUUUCGCAGCGUGCACUUACCGCCGCUGUCCAGACCCUUCAUCAACCUUACAGCGCGGGCUACGGCAUUGGGUGGUCAACCAGUGCACAAACGUGCAUCCUACCACCGUUCCCUAUUCGCCCGUCAUGGCCUAGGUCCUCUGCCGUCUUAGACAGACCAAAAAACUUCAUGGGAGGAUGCCAAACGUAACGUGAUCAGUGCUGCACCUCACCUAGUACAAAUGGAGCGCGUCAUUAGCCUUUCAACUCGCUGCGGUUCGCCCCCAACCCUCCUGUGUUACGCCCACGCUACGACCACAGACCUCUCUCCAAAAUGUGGAAGCUCUCCGCGCUCCUCCUCGCUUUCGUGUCCUGUGCCGCAGGUCUCAACAUUCUGGUCACGAAUGAUGACAGUUGGGCUUCUGCCAACAUCCGUGCGGCGUUUGACGCGCUGAAGGCAGAUGGGCAUAAUGUCCUUUUGGUUGGGCCAGCGAUUCAGCAAUCUGGUAAGGGAGGCACCUUCGUCCUUCCUACGACAAAUAUCACGCAUCCUGGUGGCGAGUUCGACUCCAUUCCUGCUGGUGCUCCCUUCUUUGGCGCCGACUCGCAGAACGGCGACCUGUUUUACUUCAAUGGAACGCCUUCGGCCACUGUCACGUUCGGAAUCGAUAUCAUUGCUCCCAAAAAGUUUGGCAGCACUCCCAUCGACCUCGUGGUCUCCGGUCCUAAUGAAGGCCAGAACAACGGCCCCUUCUUGUACACACUGAGUGGUACCAUCGGUGCGACCUAUACCGCUGUUGAGCGCGGCAUUCCUGCUAUUGCCUUCUCUGCGGGCAACGGCACCCACCGCUCUUUCACUACCAACACGGGCGAGCCCAACGACCCAGCGAACCUGGCCGCUCAGGUCGUGAAGAAUUUGGUAGCCAUUAUCGCGGCCGGCGUGAAUGCGAGCCAGGAGCGGCUCCUCCCGCUUGGCGUUGGCCUCAAUGUUAACAUCCCAACAUUUGGCCCCGCCAGCAACUGCACCGCGCCUCCGUUCGUCUUCACUCGCUUGACCGGAGGUGCGACCGUCAAUUCGAUUGCCAUAGACAACACCACUGGGUUGCCCGUUGAAGUCGAUCUUGUCGCGACUGGCGUGAACUCCAACAUCAAUGGGGUUCGCGAGGACCCUGGCGAGACUCCGACUAGCGCGGACUGCUUCACUGCCGUCAGCAUUUUCUCUGUUGAUUACGAUGCUCCUGAGCGCAUCGCUCGCCCAAUCCAGCACCGUCUCCGGAACAGCAUCCGUUCGACUCAGUUCUGAAAGGGUUCUAUAGCAUAAUGUUGCGUAUUUUACGAUAAGUAUGACGACGUGUAGGAAGCCUUGGUCAACGGUCACCUGGAUAGGGC